AUGGCGCCCGGGGCCCUGGCUCUCUUCUUGGGGAGGACCCGCAGCGGUGCCUGCAGGGACAAGUCCGCAGGAGAAGCAGAUCCUCACCCUACCUCCUGCCUCUCCCCAGGGAGUGUGCUCUGUGGGCAAAGCGGAGCGCACCAAGGCCUUGAAGUUACUUGUGGCCUCGCGGCCCCACGCUGCGUUGAGGGUGCCCACAACAGCCAGAAGCCCAAAGCAGGCGCGCCAUUGUGUUCUGCUGCGGAGGCGGCCGUGCAGGAGGCCAUCGCAGGCUGCACAGGCUGGUGCCUGGAGCGCUGCCCUACAAUCCCCAGGCGCCUCCCUACCUCCUCUGACGGGCCCAGUGGGAAAGUGGGUCGAGUGAGCUGCACCGAGUCCCUCGCUGCAGUCUGCUACCCCUUGGGACAGCGACGACGCUAUCCCGGGCCUGCGCGGCAGGGAACACACAAAGCCCUGACCUGUCCGGCUGGCGGUGGUGAGGCGGCGGCCGGGGAGGACCCCAGGCGGGGCGCCCAGCCCGCGGGAACAAUAGCCGCUGGCCGCCCGGCUGUGCGAGCCCGCGCCGCACAAAGCCCGCGGGGCCGCGCUCCACGUGACGCGCGCUGGCCGGCGGCUGCGGGCUCCGGGCCCACCUGGGCUCCCCGCGCAAACACCAAGCGGUUCCUCCUACUUCAGAGCAAGUCUGGGCCAGCUGGGAGCCGGCCAGAAACCGCCCGCAGAGGAGACGCGGGGCUCGGGCUGGGGGCUCGCAAAGGGCGCGACCCGUGCCCCCCCGCCCCCCCGCACUGCCUGGGCCCGACGGAGGGCUGGUAGCUUCCUCCUUCCUUGGGGACAGGCCCACUGCCCGCCAGCCCCGCCUUCGAACUUCUCUGGGCACCCACGCCAGCCAGCCCCUGCCCCAUAGUGACCCCGCAUUCCCCGCCCCUCGCCACACUGGCCCCAGUGACUUGCUGCCCUGUUCCCAGAAAGGGCCACAUCCAUCUCUGAAAGCAGAAGGAGAAACAGCCCAAGGGGCCAGGAGGUUUUGAAAACUCUUAAGUCUCUAUUUGCCUGUGGGAGUAUUUGUGUGGGAGGAAGGAGGAGGGUAAGACCGCUGUUGAACUUGAAAUAAACUUGAAUGUCAUUUAAAGUCCCAAUAAAAAUAUAUUGAAAACACCA